AUGAAGGCUGCCUUAUCCGUGCUGGUCCCUCUGGUUCUGGCAACGUUAUGUGGUGCCAGUUUGCUUGAUCAGUUGCCGAGUUGCGCGGUCAAUUGUUUUGAAAGCUCUUUUCCAGUCUCCCGCUGUUCCUCGCAAGACAUAAGCUGUCUAUGUGCAGACACUGGAUUCCAAGAUGCGGUACAGCUUUAUAACCAUCUGAAGCUGACGUUCUUAACGCCCAUAGCAACCACCAAUGCCACGUAUUCGGCCUGUGGACUGCCGACUCAUGAUAUUGAACCUGUCAUGAUUGGUAUUCCAGCCACGUUUGGAAGUCUUGCAAUCAUAUUUGUCCUACUUCGUGUUUAUGCGCGAUUGUACGUCAACAAGUUCUUUGCAUGGGAUGACAAGUUCAUCGUUGCUGCUCUGGUCAGGAAUGGGCAAGGAUAUUUGGACAAUUCCAUUCGGAGAUUUGACGCAAACACUAAAGCGUCUUUGCUUACCACCUUGUCCCAACUGCCUACACAGGAACUUUACUUUGCCGAAGUAUUUUACAUGGUCUCGGAAAUGUUCACUCAGCUUUCCAUCUUAUUCUUCUACCUUCGAGUUUUCGAUUCAACAACAUUCCGCCGGUCAGCCAUUGGCCUCUGUGUGUUCGCAAUCUGUUUCGGUAUCUCCAACACGUUCACAAUGAUUUUCCAAUGCACAUCGAUAUCCUUCUUCUGGAAUGGAUGGACAGGCGAACAUGCUGGAAAGUGCAUCAACAUCAACCUGUUUUCGUGGAUCCGCGCGGCCAUUGAAAUCAUCAUUGAUUUGACCAUUAUUUCGCUUCCCAUUCCCUUCUUGUUGCGGUUAAAACUCAACUGGCUCAAGAAGCUGCAGAUCUUGGCCAUGUUUUCGAUAGGAUUUUUAAUUACUCUUGUCAGCAUUCUCCGACUCGAAUCUCUUGUCCGAUUCUCCAAGUCCACUAAUACAACUUAUGACAAUGCCCCAGCAAUCUACUGGUCUGUCUUGGAAUGCGACAUAGCUAUUCUCUGCGCCUGCAUGCCAGCCCUUCGUAUCGUUCUCGGUGCGGUCCUUCCCAAGUACUUCGGUAGCAACUUCAAUUCGACUUCAGGAGGAUCACGUAGAAGCGGAAGAAAUGAUCAGCAACUUUCACCCAAAGCCGAUCCUGAAGCCGACCCUAUUAACAAGACAAUCGCUACAUGGACUGCCGGUCCGGCCGACCACAGCCGUACACCAAGCCCAGUGGAGAUGAACCACUUUGAACAAGAUGAAGAUAAGGCUUGA